UAACAUACUUGAAAACAUGACUAUGUUUACUGUAAAAUUCUUUUCUUUUCUCCUCAUUCUUCUCUUCAUUCUUAGUUCUACUUUUCAAGUCUGUGAGGCGAGAAAAGGUGACCUCCAUUCAAGCAGUACAACAAAACCGAAACCGAAACCAAAACCAAAACCGGAACCGGAACCGAAACCAAGUCCACCCCCUGAACCAAGCCCACAGCCUUCAAAAAAGUUCAAUGUACUAGAUUUCGGCGCGAAGGGGAAUGGAAUUUCCGAUGAUACUAAGGCAUUCCAAUCUGCAUGGGCAGCUGCUUGCAAAGUUCAAUCAUCAACAGUCCUAGUUCCUUCUGAUUCCAAGUUCUUAGUAGGUCCAAUCUCUUUUGCCGGUCCUGAUUGCCAACCUAACAUAGUGUUUCAGUUGGAUGGAACCAUUAUUGCGCCGACAAGCUCGAAAGCUUGGAACUCAGGUAUCUUACAAUGGCUUGAGUUCACAAAGCUCAAAGACAUCACAAUACAAGGCAGUGGUACAAUAGAAGGCCAAGGAAGCACCUGGUGGAGUAGUUCAUAUCUCAAUGAUAAUUUGGCAGGAAAGGAGACACACAGCAAACCAACAGCAUUAAGGUUUUAUGGUAGCUAUAAUGUUAAGGUUACAGGGAUUAGAAUCCAGAACAGUCCUCAGUGUCACCUCAAGUUUGAUAACUGUGAAAUAUUAGAGGUCUCCAACAUCACUCUAUCUUCACCUGGAGACAGCCCCAACACUGAUGGAAUCCAUCUUCAGAACUCCAGAGAUGCUGUUAUCCAUCACAGUGAUCUUGCCUGUGGAGAUGACUGCAUCUCCAUCCAAACAGGAUGCUCCAACAUCAUGGUGCAUGAUGUUAACUGUGGACCAGGCCAUGGAAUCAGCAUUGGAGGUCUUGGCAAGGACAAGACCAAAGCCUGUGUCUCCAAUGUCACUGUUCAGGAUGUUCACUUUGCCAACACCUUAACUGGUGUCAGAAUCAAGUCAUGGCAGGGUGGUUCAGGGUUAGCAAAGAACAUCAAAUUCACAAAUGUUCAGGUCUCACAAGUUGAGAUGCCAAUUGUGAUUGAUCAGUAUUAUUGUGAUGGGAAAAGUUCAUGCAAGAACCAAACAUCAGCGGUAGCAUUGUCAGGAAUCACAUAUGAGAAAAUUAAAGGGACUUAUACUGUAAAACCAGUGCACUUAGCUUGCAGUGAUAGUUCACCAUGUUUAGCCAUCUCCUUGACUGACAUUGAGCUCGAACCGAUUAACAAAGGGUUAGAGAUGUCUGGGCCGUUCUGUUGGCAGGCUUACGGAGCAACACACCGCCCGACGGUCCCACCGAUUGAUUGUUUGCUCGAAAGCAAGACGGCGAGUUACAAGAUGAAUACUGACCAAGAUUCUUGCUAACAAAAAUGCAUGAGCAUAACAAUAAGAAUAAGAGUGCUGUUUGUGUGUGCGCUGUAGAAUGUAUGGAGUUUGAUAGAUGUAUGUAUACAUUGUGAAAAAUACCCGGGGGCAUGCAUGUAUUGGUGUGACAAUUGUGAUUGGAUGCAUAUGUAUUGGUGUGCAUGUGUAUUGGUGUGACAAGGUUGCAUAUGUAUUAGUGUGCAUGUUUUAUUAGUUUAAUAAUAGAAUAUCUUUGGCUCCA